AUGAUACCGAGGAAACCAGAUGAGGACGGCGAAGCUGAUAUCGACAGUGCUGAUGAAGCACUUUUGGAUAUGCUUGGCCUAUCAUCUCUCAAUGUUGCAGAUGAUCAUGAUGACGACUGCCAUCCAGAUCCUCAGAAGCUUACUUCCUCUGAGAUUUCCAUAUUGGUGGAAUCCAAUCAACUGAGCAAAGACUAUGUAACAAACAGCGUCUGCAUAUUUCCGCCAGAACUGUCAAUGCGAUCGGAACACAUGAGAAAGAUUACCGAUGAGCUGGUGUGGGGUGGGGAAAAGAUGCAAGCAGAUCGGACGUACGAAACGAUUCAAGUGUACAACAAUGGAGCAAUCGAACAAAGGCGGACACUAACUCGACUUGAAAACUUUGUAGAUUCUCAUAAAGCAUGGAAACAACUAUGCCACGGCUACUUACGUGACACUGUUUCUACAAUUCUUGGACGACGAAUGGUGCUGUACAAGGAAAAGCUCAACUUGAAACCACCGGGAGGAUCUGGUUUUGCACCACACCUAGACUCUCCAUCCUUGAAAGUAGCUCUUAAAGAAGACGGCCCGCAAACCUUUGUGACAGUAAUGGUGGCAAUUGAUGACAUGACAGAGCAAAAUGGAUGUCUACGGAUUUGUAAAGGUACCUGGAAUGAAGAUAAGCAUGUGGAAUUGAUUGAGCCAGAAAUGGACGGAAACCCAGACGCUGGAGGGAGAGCAGGGGCGAUUGAGGAUGCAAUUGCAGAGAAUUUGUCAUUUGACAAUAUUGUUUGCAAGGGUGGAAGCAUUGUGGCCUUUAAUGGGUGGGCACCCCAUCGAUCAGCGCCCAAUAUGUCACCAUUUUCUCGACGGGCGGUAUUCCUGACUUACAACCCUGAAAGCGAGGGUGAAUUUCGCGAACGGUACUAUGCAAAGAUGGAUGGGAUGCGAAAUGCAUGGCGCUUUGGAUUGGCAAAUCAUCAACAACAACUGGAAGACGAAAUGAUUGAAUCCAACGCACUGGCAACUGUACCAAAAUGA